AACGAGUGAAAGUAAAUGGAAGCCAUAGUUUGCUAGUCAGUAUCAUGAAGGACUGUGUGAAUUGUGAUUCUCUAAUCUCAUUUUCUUAUUGAGUCAUGCUUCUCUUUUAUCAUAAGUAUUCAAUUUCCAGGAAGAGUUGUGGCAUAGAGCUCGUUUGGAUUCGCUGAUUAAAAAUAGUACUCCCAAAGUUUCAAUUUGUUUGUCUUACUUUGACUGAUCAUGAAGUUCAAGAAAGUAAAGAAGACUUUUGAAUCUUGCCGUCUUAGACUAAAGAUAUGUAUAAUGUACCAGAAUGUUCUUUACAAUAUUGUGGUCUUAAACAUGUUAUGUGGGAUUUUAAAAUUAAAGAGUUGUCAAAUUAGUAAAAAGACUAAAAAGGAGAAGUAAGACAAAUAAAUUGAAAUGGAGGGAGUAACACUUUUAGGUGCUGAAGUUGAUUUUAUAUAUAACCAGUUACAAGUUUGGAUAGAAGUUCUGAAUCCGAUAAUAAACAACUAUGUGCUUGGUAAGAAGGUGUUGAUAAACACUUUUAUGUUUACCAAAUGCGUAGAUAAGUGAAAAUAAGCUAGUUUGACCAGCUUAUAAGCAUAGCCAGACACCCUUUUACACAACGGAGCUCAAGUUCAUGGAUUGAUUAAUUACUGGUGAGUACAGUAAGCCUCCGGAGCUGGUGUGGGAUAUGUUAUCAUGGAGGCUGAACAGGAAAAAUAUUUUUCAGUAGAAGCACAAGUAGCAGGUUUCGGAAUUCACCCUGAUAAACUCGCGUCGAUUGUUAGUUCGUAUGACAUUGAAACCUUAAAGAAACUUGGGAGAGUCGAAGGUGUCGCAAGUUGGCUGAGAGUCUCAUUGACUAUAGGAGUCAAAACCAGUGAUGUACCUGCCAGACAAAAUAUAUAUGGAUCGAACAAAUACACCGAGAAGCCUUUUAAGAGUUUUUGGACCUUUCUCUGGGAAGCUAUGCUGGAUAUAACUCUCAAUAUCCUCAUGGUUUGUGCUGUUGUCUCUAUUAGUGUUGGACUUGCCACAGAAGGGUGGCCAAAAGGAACGUAUGACGGGCUAGGAAUUUUACUUAGCAUAUUCUUGGUAGUCAUUGUUACUGCAAUUAGCGACUACAGACAGUCGUUGCAGUUCAGGGAUUUGGAUAAGGAGAAGAAAAAGAUAUUUAUCCAGGUCACUAGAGAUGGAUCCAGGCAGAAGGUUUCUGUUUAUGACUUGGUGGUUGGUGAUGUAGUUCACUUAUCUAUCGGGGAUCUGGUCCCUGCAGAUGGAAUAUUCAUAUCUGGAUACAGCUUGCUAAUUGAUCAGUCAAGCCUGUCUGGUGAGAGCGCGCCGAUAAGCAUAUAUGAAGGAAGACCUUUUCUUCUAUCUGGAACAAAAGUGAAAGACGGCUCAGCUAAGAUGUUAGUAACAACUGUUGGAAUGAAAACUGAAUGGGGUAAACUGAUGGAGAGAUUAGCAGAUAGAGUAGAAGAGGAGACUCCUCUGCAAGUUAAGUUGAGUGGUGUUGCUACUGUUAUUGGAAAGAUAGGAUUGGCAUUUGCUCUGCUGACGUUUAUGGUGUUGACUGUCAGAUUUCUGAUAGAGAAGGUACUUCACCAUGAGCUCGCGAAAUGGUCUUCCAGCGAUGCACUGACUCUACUAAAUUAUUUUGUGACAGCAGUAACUAUAAUUGUUGUUGCGGUUCCAGAAGGACUGCCUCUGGCAGUGACAUUGAGUCUUGCAUUUGCAAUGAAAAAGCUAAUGGAUAACAAGGCAUUGGUGAGACAUCUUUCUGCAUGUGAGACAAUGGGAUCAGCUACUUGCAUUUGCACAGAUAAGACAGGAACACUAACAACAAACCAAAUGGUAGUUAAUAAGAUAUGGAUUUGUGAAGAAGCUAAAAAGGUCGAAACUGAUGCAGGUGGCAAUGCAGUAACUUCGGAUAUAUCAAAAAAUGCAUUAGGCUUUCUUUUGCAGGCAAUAUUUCACAAUACAGGAGCAGAAGUAGUUAAGGAUAAGGAUGGAAAGAAGACGAUUCUGGGAACACCAACAGAAUCAGCAAUAUUAGAAUAUGGAUUGCUUCUUGGUGGUAAUAUUUAUGAGCAAAGGAAGGACUGUAAAUUGCUAAAAGUUGAGCCUUUCAAUUCAGAAAAGAAAAAGAUGUCUGUGCUUAUUGCUCUUCCGGAUGGCAAAAUCCGAGCUUUCUGCAAGGGUGCAGCUGAGAUAAUCUUUAAAACGUGUGACAGGUUUAUUGAUCUUAAUGGUGAAAUUGUUCAUUUGACAGAAAAUCGGACAAGAAAUACCAUGGAUGUCAUUAAUGAAUUCACCAGCGAAGCCUUGCGCACUCUUUGCUUGGCUUACAAAGACAUUGAGGAUGGUUAUGAAAAAAAUAGUAUUCCUGAUAGUGGCUACACACUGGUUGCUGUGGUCGGGAUUAAAGAUCCAGUUCGCCCUGCGGUUAAAAAUGCAGUAAAAACUUGUUUAGCUGCUGGAAUUACUGUGCGAAUGGUCACUGGUGACAAUAUUAAGACAGCCAAAGCCAUUGCUAAAGAAUGCGGGAUACUAACUGCUGAUGGUUUGGCCAUCGAAGGCCCAGAGUUUCGCAACAAAACUCCUGAUGAAAUGAGGCAUAUGAUUCCUAGAAUUCAGGUAAUCGCUCGAUCAUCCCCAAUGGACAAGCUUGUGCUGGUAAAUAAUCUAAGAGGUAUGUUUAAAGAGAUUGCGGCAGUUACUGGUGAUGGCACAAAUGACGCUCCUGCCCUCCACGAGGCAGAUAUUGGAUUUGCUAUGGGUAUAGCAGGAACAGAGGUUGCCAAAGAAAGUGCUGAUGUUAUAAUACUUGAUGACAACUUUAGCACAAUUGUGAACGUGGCUAAAUGGGGUCGUUCUGUGUAUAUAAAUAUUCAAAAGUUUGUGCAGUUCCAACUGACAGUCUGUAUUGUGGCUCUGAUGAUCAAUUUUAUUUCCGCAUGCAUUUCAGGAUCCGCUCCUUUUACUGUGGUUCAGCUUCUGUGGGUCAACCUUAUUAUGGACACUUUAGGUGCAAUUGCCUUGGCCACAGAAUCGCCUCAUGAAGGACUAAUGAGCAGGCCUCCUGUUGGAAGGGAAGUGAGUUUGAUUUCCAAGACGAUGUGGAGAAAUAUAAUCGGACAAAGUAUCUUCCAACUGGCUAUACUUUUAGUUUUCAACUUCGCUGGAAAGCAGAUUCUGAGUCUUGAAGGUUCAGACGCCACCAUCGUUCUCAGUACUUUCAUUUUCAACACAUUUGUGUUCUGUCAGGUAUUCAAUGAAAUAAACUGCCGUGACAUGGAGAAGAUAAAUGUUUUCCGUGGCAUUUUUGGCAGCUGGAUAUUCCUAGGUGUCAUAAUUUCCACAUUUGUUUUCCAAAUUGUCAUCGUUGAGUUCAUAGGUACAUUUGCAAGCACUACGCCUCUCAGCUGGGAACUAUGGCUGCUCAGUGUCUUAAUUGGUGCUGCAAGCCUGCUUGUUGCAAUAAUUUUGAAGUUGAUACCUAUUGAACAGAGGAAUACCAAGCACCAUGAUGGUUAUGAUCUACUGCCAAAUGGCCCAGACCUUGCCUAAGAGAACAGGAGAGCCAAUGGAUAAUAGGACGUCACAUGAUAUGGAACGGAAUGGCUCUUUUUCCUAUUCAAAGAUCAGCCUCCUGACUGUGUUUUUACAUCGAGAAUUAUUUGCAUAUGAAGAGAUAUCAAAGGGGCUUCUGCUUUCCAAACAGAUCCUUCUACACCUAUAUAUGGUUCAAUUGGUCCAGGUUCGAGUACUGUGAGACCUGGUUUUGAUGGUGAGAAACGGAAAACAAACAACCAAUGGAAAGAAAAUACGAGCUGAAGACUUUAACAAAAGCUCAUACACCAUUCAACCUCCAAGAACUAGUUCAAAGGUUUUUGUUUGAUAUUUAAUCAUUUUUUGUAGUUGCCUAGUUGGUGCUUGAGAUGUUGUUGGAAAUUCAUUUCUUGUUAGAACCUAAUUUUGUCGCGAUACAGGGUUUUUCAAUAGGAAAAAGAAAAGCUUCUUUUUGUUUGUGAAGACAAGUUGCUCGAGUGCAGAUUUUGAACCUUCAAAUUUAUGUUACUGGGGAUUGCAUUUUCACCUCUAA